GUCGAGUAAACAUACGCGCGUAUAUGAGCGGUAGUUUUUGCGUAACGUAACACGAAAGAUCUCUUCGUUUAAGCCGUGCUGUGCUUGUUUUAUGCUAGACUCCUGCUUCAAGGAUAUUAGACAAACUUGUGUUAAAAACUAGUUUUUUUUAAGCUGGUGUGUGGUUUAGUAUUAAAAUAAGUGUCAAAUUGAUGGAUGCGACUCUUGAAGAGAAGUGCUCAAUAAUCGCCAAUAAAAGCAACAACAACAGCACCAGCAGCAGUAGUGCCAGCGAGGAAGGCAAUGACCAAAAUAGUGAGACCAGCGAAAAUGCAAACAUCACCAGUGUAAGAAGAAACCCAUCAAUCCUUCUGGCGCUGGAUACUGUGCACCGGUCUCUGCUGUUGAAAAAUUUGCAGUUCGAUCAAGAAUCCAACCACAGCGGCGGCGAGAGUUACUCUGCUUGGGGAAGCAGCACUUGGGAAGAGGAACUACAGCAACGUGCAACACAGGAAAAUCCACUUGACAAUAAUCUAACACAGCCAACGAUAACGGAAGUGGUAAAGGUAACCAGUUCUGGUGAAAGUGAUCAAGUGGAUUGUCCAAAACAGAUCACAGAACCCGCGAAUACACUUGAAUCACAGAUCAAACAAACAACCGAUGCGGUUUCCCGUGGGGUUGGUGGUUCGGUGCUGGGAACACGGCGGGAACGAGAUUUGAAUAAUAACAGCAAAGUCAACGAUAGUCGUGUCAUGAUGAUGGUAGCCAAGUACGAAUCACAACAGGGAAAGGGGGUUGUUGGUAGUCAGAUUGACGAGACUGAGACGAGUGAUUUUGAAACAGCUAGCGUAAGUAGUAGCAGCUUGGGAAGUUUGCGAAGCAGUUCCGCUUUUAGUGAAGGAAGUCGAGAUGUGAUGAGUGUGGAAAACUUCGGUAAACCUGAGCUAGUAAACGAACAAGAAAAAUGUCACCGAGUGACUGCAGGAACUUCUACUACGAUUACGAUAAACAUUAAUAAUAAGACUGCGGACAAUGGCUGUGAUAGAAGGUCGCUGGGCACAAACCCGGAAACGAAGGCUGUGCAUGUACAAGUUCCCGAAGAAAGUGAAACAGAACCAGCAAUAAUGGGCAGUGAGGACGACGAAUCUACCGCGUCUGAGCCAGUGGAAGAACAACAAACAGUUGAAUCCGCUGAUAUAUUCAGUGAUCAGUCUUUGUGCGACACUCGUCAUUUUCAAACGGCUGAAAGCCAAGAGUUUCUAGACUGUGGAGAUGACACUGUAUCGUCUAAUUCUGGUUAUGAUGAUAGUAGUACGGAAGAUAGUGAUGUUAUUGUUGAGGCUCCGCAACAAAAACAAACUUCGAAGGUCAUCAACCAGGAAGUUAUCGAUAGCGAUAGUGCGCCAAUGAUCAAUAUUAUUCAAGAAAUGACCCCAAAUCUGCAGGUCACAUCAACCGUAGUACUAAACAAGGCUAAAAUAAAAAACCAUCGAAAAGCUCGCCAUGCCGAAAAAGCGCAAAAGCAGAAAAAAGAAAAGAAAAAAAUGGAUAGUUCCAUCUUCAGUCGUCAAAAGAUAAUUGACGACAAUUUCUGUAAUGAGAUCCUCGAUUCAACCAUUCACUUCGAUCGGUUGUAUGGUUUGAAUCGAAAAACGACCGAUGAAGCUCCAAUCGAAGUGCUGAGUGAUUCCGCGCUACUGCCUUCAUCGGCUGGUGAUGAGUCGUUUGAUUCCUCUUUAUCUUUCGGAAAGCUGGAAGGGAAGCCACGCUAUUCCGGUCGACCUGUAGGGCGACUAAUGGCCAGACGACUAAAAAAGCUAGACAAACCGUCUAAGCAAAGCAAAUCCGAAGGACUUUCAGAUUCAUCGACAUCGAACUAUGCGAAUGGACCAAAAAAGCCCCCGCGAACAUUUGCAUCUCGAGAAAAUUCUAAGGUUGGCUGGGUUCUCGAGAAAAAGGAACCCUCAUCGGUAAAGCACUCAAAACAAACAGAAAAACCUAGCUGCCCAAAACUUGAAGAUCUCGAUUCCGAUCCGGAUUUGGUUGGAUGGAAUUUUAACGAACAGCAAAAGUCACACGAAAUAGGGUGGACUGUGCCGAAAGAACGUAGCAAUGGAUCUGCAAUUCCUGCGCAUAUCUAUAGUAUGCUUCACUAUUCCGACGAUGAAACUAAAAAGCGACUGAUCAAAUCUUCCAAAUUGCGAGCUGCACCGCAGGCUUCGCCUGGCAAUUCUCGAUCACAGCAAUCUCCUUUCGGGCCUAAACUGGACAUCGAUACCGUAGAUAGUGGUUGCUCGGAAAGCGUCUCGAGACAACGCAAAACAUCUUCAAGUUUGGAAUUCGAAACUUUCGCUGCAAAUUCAAAAAUUAAAAGCACACCUCACAAACAACGGCAUCAGCAGGUCAGCAGACGAACCGACCUUUUUUUGAAAUCCGAGCGCAACCAGAACCCCAAGGACAGACGUCGAACAACCGGAAAUAUUCCAGAUCGGGCGCAGCAAGAGCUGGCCGAAAAAUACCAUUUUUUAGAUGAUAGCAGACGAAGUGAUCACGACCCAAAUCAGGAGACAUUGUGUCGCAAAUGCACUGAAAAAUCACAGGGUAAAAAAUCUUUUCGUAAGGCAGCCGUACGACGGACCAAAUCUUUCUUCGAAGCAUCUAAAAAGAAAAUACAUUUACAGGGGUUGAAGAAGAAAGCCAAGAAGGAUCGUUUUGACACCCCGAAAAAGUGCGAGCUCCUCGGGUCCAACUUGAACAAAGAAAAUUCCGUUAAAAAACAGUUACACAAACAUCUAGGUUACACACCGGAUCAUUUAAGGUGCGGAUCUUGCCCAAAGCAGUCCGGAAUGGUACAUAACAAUUUAACUGCAGAGACCAGAUCGGCGCCUGCUAGAAUCAACGACGGUCACCCCUUACAUCGACUUCCAGCGAGGACAGCUCUCAAUUUUUCUGGACCCGAUGUAGUUAGUUUCGACGAGGUUGAUGGAGCUGCAGAACAAAAAAAGCAAAAGUCUCACGAAAUAAAAUUCCUAAAAACUCUGAAGAAUCUCAAAAUUUCUCCAAAGAAGUUAUUCAAAUCACAUGAUGAGUCAUGCAAACAACAACAGUGCACAAAGACGUCCUCCCCUCGUCAACAUGGAGACUUCCAGUCGUAUGACGAUCUGAACUUGGAUGAUGUAGCCCACAUGGGUGACUUCCUAAAUAACGUUCGACGGGCGGUGGAAGUGGAACGGAGGAACAAUUGUCAGGAAGAGCUUUUAGUCAGGGAAACUGCGAGUUCUUUCUCACGAAGCCGACGCAUAUCUACCAGCAGUGAACUGUUAGAUAGUUCUGCCAUGCAGCGUCUUCAACGGCUUCGAUACAUCGCUGAUCAACAUGAAGAACCUAUCUACCAGGAAAUCUCCCCGAAAAACAAUAAAACUAUUAUCAAUGAGUUCAUAAGUGGAGAAUCAUCUGGAAAUCAACGCUACUUGAUGGUGAAUAACAACCCGAAUGUGCUGUAUGCCACGGUUAAUAAAACUGCUAAAAAUUUAAUCAAAGCAAAGUCAAACAACAGCAUCUGUGAGGAUCAACCGCAGCCGGUUAGUGUAAAAAAGCUCAACGCCGAUCCACCAAAAUCUCCGACAUGCCCGCAGCAGUCAAACACUUCGAUCGAAACACAUCCACACUCUGUCUCUGGCAGAAGACUAAGACGUUCCUUGUUCCGUAAUUCUACUGCAUGCGAUGAUAGUGGUGAUGGUGGUCCCAAUCGAUCCGGUUCCAUCGAUGAAGAAAAUGACAUCUCGGUUUUGCAGGAAGACGACGACGAUAAGCAACAACUUUGCAUACACGACGUUGGUACUGACAGACAAGAAGUGACCGAACCGUUAAUCCUUCGACAACAAGUGGGAAAGAUGGGGACUAAUCCGAACAAACGUAACGAUGACAGCGCGGGUAUGAGAAUGGAUGACGACGCCUAUCGGGUCUUCAGCGGUGACAUUCACCGCACCAACAGCGGUACGAUGAUGCGAGAGGCCGUAACCCACGAGGCGCAACUGUUGAGAAUGGCGUGUGCUUCUUCUUCCGAAACAACCGGACGGGCUCCGCUUGGAUCGGUCGAUACGGAUGAUGAGAUCGAAUCUCUGCAGAAGUACGAAGACAGAGGCCUGGACGAGCUGCGAAAGUCACUACGGGAUAACAUUUCCAUCUCGGAGAUUGGUACCAACGACACGGAAUCGGAAGCGUUCUUCACUGGGUACGACACAGUGGACUUUUUCGGCGCAAUUACACCGUCACGACGCAACAAUUUAGAAGCUUCCAGUGGUGAGCACCGAGCGAUGGACUCAACGAUCGAUACGGAUAACAUUUCCGAGUUGAUGAGUGCACACGAUUACUCAGUAUCGAAUAUUUCCCCGGUGAAUAGUUCUCCUUCGUCGGCCAAAAUGCGGCUCAACAGUAGUGACAUUUAUCGAAGUUUCAGAGAUAAAUUAAGGUCGUCGUUUCGAAAAAGCAAAAACUUUAUUAAAAACGAGCAACGUAAAAUUGUGAAUUACUUCGAUGAGAAACCAGCGAAACGAGAAGAGUCCGGAAACAGGGUGGCGUUCGAUUUAGAUGAUUACUGCAAAAAAUAUGUUGACGAUGUCGACACGGAGGAAAUCUACCAGUCACUAAGCAAUGCAGGCUCACUAAUAGAGUUGAGUAACCAAUACCUGGCUGAACUAGUUAAUCAGAUCAAAACGCAAUGCGACGUAAGAAAACAGUUAAAACAAGCGCUAGCCGUUUGCCGAAAUACGAGAGAAUUUGAGUGUUCAUCAGAAUUGAUCGAGGCCGAGCGGUUGAUGUUAUUGUCGACCCUGAAAGAGAGUGCAGCCCGCAAUGAACUAAGCAAAAUUGAUUACAACGCGAACGGAAAAAUUCUCAACGAUGGCAAAAAAGUCGGCAUCGUUGCCUUGAACCAUUUCGAGUUCCCACUCAAGGAACCAGCAGUCAACGAUAUGUUGUUCAAUUAUUUCUAUGUGGUGGUGUGCUCCUAUAAGAACCAGGUGAAGGCAACACUAGCUAAAGAGCGAUACAAAGAUCGGGUCUAUUUCCGCAACUGUGAGAUAGAGUUCCACGAUCUGGAUGCCGAAUACGAAAUCCGCGUUGAGGUGUUUGUGCUGCGACUGCGAAAAAACGAACGAAACUUUAGCUUCGAAAGUAAAUAUCAUUUAAAUAAGGAAAUCAAAAACUUCCUUGGCUCCUGUCCCAGUCCGCCGAAGCUACGCAGUCCAGCAAAACUACUUUCGAGUCGCUCAAGUUCGCCGAAAAAUUUUGACUUCGAUAACGAGUUUUCGCGCUUCAAAUCACAGGGUUACAUAACGCUAACAUCGUUUAGCUUACUACCGGGCAACAGCUCCAUUCAGACGGAAGGUAACGAGCAGCUGUUGGAAAACUGUCGCCACUCGCCGUACUAUUCCGCUUCUAGCAAUUUCCAGCGGAUGGUUCGCCGUCAGGGUAAUCACAAUGUUUACCUGAUGGAAGAUUUCAAAUAUCUCAAACUAGACUCGAUGGUGUACAACUCAAAUCUGCUGGGUAGCAUUGGAAUGAGCGUUAAAAGUGAAGUAUUGUUCAUCAAUUCUGACAUUGAUGGGUUUAUAAAUGUGGGACAAAGCCGCACCGGGAGCAUCGAUUGGUGCCGAAAGUGGUGUAAGCUUAAUGGGUUCGUUCUGGAGUUCUGGAAUUACCCGCAGGAGUGUCAAGAAAAGCUUCCUACCCUCCAGAUCGACUUGACAAAGUGCAUCAACGACGGGGUGGAGCUCGCCGAUCGAGCUACCUGUUCGCGUCCUCGCACCUUCCGCUUAGAUGUGUUCGCCAAAGGCACCGGUAGCUGCAGUAGCAGUGGCAUUAGCAGCUACAAGGAUACAGAUUCCCAUCAGCACAAUCGAAACAGUGACAGUCAUAAUUCCCAACAACAAACACAACCACAGCAGCCUUUAUGUGAUAACACCAAAUCCUACCUUCUAUCGGUCGAUACGCCCAAUGAGCUUAAAACCUGGCUCAAUGAGCUAAAUCGUGUUGUUAAGUUUUUGAAAGAGUGGAAAAUUUGAGAUGGAGUUCACCAUUGAAAUCUAGAAAGAAAUUUGGUGCAAUAAUGUUUUUUAGGCUUUCGCCAACACUGGCUGCAGCUUAAGUCAUCGAUUAAGUAGUUUAGCAACUUUAGAAUAGCCAAACUAGCUGUAAUGAAAAGAAUCUCAAAUGUGUGUAAAAUAUGCCUGGUGCCUUUUCCCCUACAACAGAUUUCAAUCGUCGGUCAAUCCGUUAGGUUUUAUAACAUGUGACGCAGUAAAGGCGUAGUACAACGUAUGCUUAGUAGUUGUUGAACUUUAGAUUUUAGUUAAAAUGCAUUCCCUAUCGCGACAUAAUACAAUUACAUUCCACUGAAAAGGUACAUGAAAACCACACCGCAACCAAGUGCCUCUAUUGCUACUUAAUUGUUUCAACUUUUAGCUUAACAGAGAACACGUAGGUUUAACUUAGUAUCGUUCAUAGAGUUCAUAAAAUUGAGCCUGAUCGUUUCGAUUUAAGAAAUAACUCAUUUUCGUUACAAAUCCCAUAGCAAAUCGAAAUGAUCUCAACGUUAUAUUUUGCUAGCAGAUAAGACAAUUUUCUAUUUUAACAUAGAAGAUUUUAAAUCAAACUUUGUCUUUUCGAUUGUACUAUUUGUAAAGGUUUGGAAGUUAGUUCUACCAAUUCGCAAAUAUUUGAGCUCUCUUUUUGGAUUGAAUAAACGGUGUAUAUUUUCCUGUUACAGAAAA